CUCCGGGCCUUUAAUCCUCCUAGUUGCUCUUCUCUGCGGUUUGCGUCUUUGGAAAAGCCCAUUCAAAGAUGGCCCCUCUCUGGGAGGCAGGGGCGCCUAGGGUGGCGCCGCGGGUCCUGGAGAAGCCAAAAGCCUUAGAGGGAUCGGGCUGGAGGGCACUCCCACCCCUCUGCCUCGGUUUCCCAGGGACCCCUGGCCCACGGGGCAGGAGGACGUUGUCGUUGCGUCUGGGAGGAAGCAUGGUGCUGAGUCAUUGGCAGGCUGGUCAGACAGAUAGACCCAGAGCUGGGGGCCCUGUGGGGGCAAGAGACUCGGGCACCUGGAAGCACGUUACGCAGCGGCAUGCAGUCUCGGCUCCUUGCAGCGUCUCUCCGAAUCCCAGAAGAUCUCCAGACUUGGCCAUGAAUGGACACGCUGUCCCAUCAGGUGACUCCGGACACCCCGGCGGGUGGAACGAGUUCUGCAAGCAGCACGCUAUCACCACCGCCAGGGAGCUGGCCAGGGAGUACCUACACUUUGUCAGCGAGAACCCCCAGCAUGAAGUUUUGGCCGCUGAGAACUUCUCCCUUCAGUUUGCAGACCUCUUCCAGCAAUAUUUCUGCAACGAGGUGAAGGAUACGAAUGCUACAGACCAGCUUCACAUCCUGCCCUUUAGCAGAGUGCGAGACUAUCGGGACACAGGCCAGAAACAUGGUGAGGGAUCUUCGGGCACGGUUGGGACCAAGGUCGAGGUGGAAAUGUCGGACCAAGUCAACCGGGCCUCUGAGGUCCGCUCUGGCGGACUUCCCAAGUCCUGGAGUUCUGAAGAACUGGCAGCGCCCACUUCUCCAUUGGGUGUCAGGAGACAUUUUUCUCUGGACCGGCUACGGAGGAGCUGGCGUAGCUUGUUCCGCCGGAGAUCCUUGGAGUCGGGCCCUGGCGAAGGGGAGAUGGCGGACUUGGUUUUGAGAUCUGGCCUUGCCCGAAAGAUCUUCCCGUGGACCAUCUCCAGGGACUGCUCCUUACAGAUCCAGAAAGAAGGGAACCUGAAAUACAUGAUGGUGACGGAGGACAGUGGGACUCGCUGGCAGAAAUGCCGGCUAGUUUUAUACAAAGAAGGGCCUCCGGACUGCCAGAGUUAUGUCUUGGCGCUGUUUGAUCCCCCCAAGAGCUCCAGGCCCAAACUCCAGUCCCCUUGCUUGGCGAUCCAAGAGACUCGGGCGUGCACUCGGCUGGAGAUGCCCGACCACCUCCACACCUUUGUGGUCAAGGUAAACGCCUCCACCGAGAUAAUAUUCGAGGCUGGAGACGAGCAGCAGCUGGCCGCCUGGAUAGUAGAGAUUCAGCAGGGCCUCCCCAGAUCGGAAGGAGGCCACUUUGAGGGCACCGCAGACCCUCGUUUGGAGACCGGCACCCCCAGCCCUGCCAACAGCAGCACCGACUCCCUGCACCAAGGGGCCUUGCUCUCCAGGCCCACUGAGCAGCCGGCCCAGAGGAUGGAGCACUACUUGUCCGCCUUCCCCUGGUUCCACGGCCCCAUCUCCCGGGUCAAGGCCGCCCAGCUGGUCCAGCUGCAAGGCCUGGACGGACAUGGCGUCUUCCUCAUCCGGCAGAGUGAAACCCGCCGGGGGGAGUACGUGCUGACCUUCAACUUCCAAGGAAAAGCCAAGCAUCUGCGGCUUUCCCUGACGGAACGGGGCCAGUGCCGAGUUCAACACCUCCACUUCUCCUCCGUCCUGGACAUGCUGCACCACUUCCAGCACUGCCCCAUCCCCCUCGAGUGCGGCACGGCCUGCAGCGUCCAGCUCUCCCGGCACGUGGUGGUCGUCCCCCCCCUGCAAGCCUCCGGACACCCAGCCGCCUUCCCCCCGUCCACCCACACCUGCAUGCCAGAGGUCAGCUUCCUCCAGCCGAGUCCCGCCGGCUGUCCCCGGACCCGCCUGGCCGACAGCCUUCGCCGCCACUCCGUGGAGCAGAUCUUCCACCUGGUGCCCCCACCCGAAGAUCUGGCUGGUGGCCUCCGGCCUGGCCCCAGCAGCGCCUCCCCCGGUCCGGCCCCUUCACCCGCCGGCCGCCGGUGGGACAGUGACUACGAGGUGGAGGUGCAGAGCCGGGGGCACCUCCGGGCAGUCAGCAACCAGUACACCUCCCUCUGACACAGCUGGCGGAGCCCUCCCUCCAUGGCUCUCACCCAGGACGCUGGACGGCCCCGCUGGGAACUGUCCUCUUCCAGCUGCAUUUAGUAUUUGGAUGGCAAGGCUGGGCACUGGUUCCCUUUGGGGGGGAUGUGACUUUUUCACCAGGAUCCUCUUGGCCUGCGUGUCUCCCCAUCUCUCAUCGGUUUGCACAUCUUCCUUUGCAUUUGGCUUUUUUUUUUUUGGGUGGUACCCUCAAUGCUUGCAGUGGCCCGUUGGGGGGUCUUUACUACCCCAGACGGCCUUGAAUAAGAACCGUAAUUAAAGGCAAAUUCCUCGUUUGGCUGUGGCGACCCAAAGCCAAAGCCAAAGUGUUCAGUUCCAGAACAAAACAAGGCCUCCUUCCUCUCCGUGCUUUGUUUCUUUCCUUCCUUCUCUCCCCUUUCCCUCCCUCGGUCAAAUUGUCCUGCUCUGGCUGGGAAGGUGUUUCAGAAGCUGCUCCUCUUCGGCUGCUUUAAAAUAACUUUAAACCACCACCAAGGCUGCCUUAAAAACCAGCAUCUUAGAAACUCAGGAACCACCCAAUUCUGCCCCUUUUUGCAAAAAGCUAGCUGGUCAGUCAGCCAUGCAUUGGCCUACGACAGAAGCCGAAACUCUAACUUGGGAAAACGUACAACGCCUACAGGGGAUGUGCUCGGAAUCAAGUGCCAAUUUUUUAAAGGACUUUAUUUUGGUGCAUUAUGGGUUUGAAUUUUUGUUUCCCUUCUUGGGAUGCAAAGGCAGCCCCCUGCCACGGGGGGGGAGGGUUGGGGUGGGCUGUGGCAGCCUGGCCAAAGGAGGUGAUGUGGGCCCUCGGUCUAUGUGCCCCAGGGCUGUUAUAGGAGGGGGAAGUUCCCAGUUCCCACCGUGGGACCGAAUGUACCUCGAGGAGGAACUAGGCUGCAAAGCAGCCACCGCAAAUCAUCGUAAUCUAGCUGUCAGCAGGAAGCUGGAAGGAAAAAGGGGAAGUGAUAAGCCUGUUAGGGUUGCCAUCCCUUAACCAAACAGAGGAAGUUGAAUUUGCUCUUUUCUGCAAGAGGUUGGGCUUUUUUCCUCCAGCAUUCGAGGCAAGUUCAAACUAGCCAUGCCCAGGGAAGGCCAAGAAACACGUGGCCUGGCUCCUUUUUAGCCAAUUCGCACGUGCCUUUCACUGGAAGUGCCUUUAUCGAAUUAGUGGCUCAACCCUGAAGGACUUUGGGCUGGAAAGUCCCAGGAACUCCCAAGGGGGAAGUUUCUAGACCCACCUUUGGCCUGUGAUGUCCGCCGAACAUCGAGUGGAGAAGCUCCUUGGAGCGUUUAGACACUGUAGCCCAAGGCUGGAGGGUACCCGGUAGGGCGAUAGAUUGAAUUAAGCCUGAAACUAAAUUUCACAGCAGUGGCCUUUUUUCAGUGUUAGCCACGUAAAGACACGUGGACUUCAAUUCCCGGAAUUCUGGGAGUUGAAGUCCACCUAUCGUGAAACGACUUAACACUUGAGAAACACAAGUUUUACAGCAAUAUUUGAUUUUUUUCCUAUCUGGUGCCUUGUUGCCUCUCUAAAGGAUGAUAUCCAGCAGAGCCUCAAACAGAGGUGAACCAAGCCAGCUUGAGAUCUGGGCCACAGCCGCCCUGCCUUCAAAUUACCUUGUGCCACCUUACAGGGUUUCAAAUUUCGUCCCUUUCCUGGCUCACGAGAGAUCAUCUUUCAGAGUUUGUGUUUAGGAGAAUACACGGAGCUCCAAAGCUUUCUGGACUAUUGCAAUAAAACCUCUAAAGUCACUUACAUGGGGGGGGGGGAGGGAAACAAACAGGGUCCUUGGAGAGAAUUGAACCCAGGAUUUAAUGUGAGUGUCUAACUUGGGACCAUUUUUAAGACUUGUGGACUUCAACUCCCAGAAUUCCCCAGCCACCACAUGCUGGCUGAGGAAUUCUGGAAGUUGAAGUCCACAAGGGGCCAAGUUUGGAGACCCCUGAUGAAAGAGAAUGACCUUUGCACACAAGGGGGCCUGUCCAGUUGUAUUCCACACAAGAAGGGAUGGGCAGAUGGGUCCCGGAGCUGCCUCCUGCAGGUUUGAACCUUGCAAUCCAACAGGUUGGCCUCCGCAGAGACAGCAGCCCGCCCGAGGUGGGGUGGGUUCCACAGCUUGGUUCUUUCAAAUAAUAAAUUUGGAAAUAAUAAAGAAAUUCAAAUUGCUCUUUUGAGGAAGAAAGUGGUGUUUUUUUUCCCAGCCUCUCCAUUCACUUACAGAAGUUCUAUAUUCAGUUCUCAUUCCUACGUGUAACGGGUCAAAUCCUGCUAAGAUAUUCUGAUGUGCUCCUUCCUUAAAAUAAACUGUUCAGAGAUGUUCACA